AUGGACAGUGAUACCAUCUCCAUACUGGACAACGAAUCCAUCAUUCUAAACAACCCACCAACUUCCGAAGACGAAGUAUAUCCGUGGGUUGUUAAAAAUCUCAAGAUUAUGAAGAGGCUGUUGAAGAUGAUUUUGGAAAACGAUUACUUGGAAUGUGACGGGACUUUGGAGGAUUGGACAGCUCAUGAACUUGUUCGUAAUUUCAAGACUAUACCUGAGUGCAUGGAGUGGGCUGAGGAAAUACUAAAUAUGGAUUGCGAAGAGGAGGCCCGGAUUUUGCUAUGUCUGGACGAGCUGGACCUGAAUAAUGAGCUGGACUUGGACCUGGACUAUGAUCUUGGAGAAAAUUUAUGA